UCGCAAAAUGGGUGCAGAUGGCGUCCUUUCCCAGUGCGGAAAGUCGAUGUCGGCGAAUACGCCAUAUUGGUCGCUUUCACUCUGAUUCUCUUGCUUCUCCAGUCGAAGACAUGAUUGGUGCUCAGCGCGUGUCGUUGGCUUACAUACCUAAACGCGAAUUUCUAUGUGCAAGGAUGCGUCGUAAGCGGGCCACGCGACUACCUAACCUUAAACGCGCGAUAGCAGAGUGCGCCAGUAGUAUCGGCGAGUUGCGGGGGUUUCGUAUUUCAUAAUGCCCGUAAAUAUUUCCAUAGGACGAUUCGAUCGCGCGAGUCCUGCACGAGCGAGACCUUGACUUUAGCACGCGCACGAUAAGUAACGGAGGCAUCGGAGAACGUGUGUGUCCCCGAGGAAAUUCAAUAAAGUCGCCGCCGCGGGCCGAUCUACUAUCAGUCUACCCGGCCGCGGAAGCAAGUGCAAAAGAAAGGGUGAAAGACAGAAAAAAAGAGAGAGAGAGAGAGAGAGAGAGAGAAAAGAGAAAGAAAGCGCCAACACAGUCGAAGAGAUACAGAGAGGGAAGAUCAUCGAACGCACGUAGACGUCGCGAGCGCGCGUACACGUGAAUCGUGCGAUCAGUGAAGUUGAACGAAGUUAACGCGACGCGAUGAACGAUCUCUGUGCUCCUUGUAACUCUGUGUAUACCCACGCUGUUUCGAGUUGAAUCGACUCCCUUUUUCCUUACGUCACGGACAGAGUAAUGUGACAAAGUAGAGAGAGAGAGAAAGAGCGAGAAUGAGGCGGUUCACAGAGAGUCUUUCGUGCUGAGCUCGUGAUUCGCGUCAGGUUUCUCCUUCGUUCUCUCUCUUUCUCUCGAAACCGUCGAACUUCUCGCUGGAUCGUUUCCAACGUCCUCUCCCGCUGAUUCUCCUUCGCUGUCUUCCCCGCUCCCCCUCCCUCUGUGCCCAGUGUAACUGCGGUUUGUUGGCCGAGCGCUACGCGGUGGCCAUUCGGAGCCGUCGCACAAUUUACGUGCAGUUAACGCGUCCGAAACGCAUCCGGGCUGGCACGCGUGUAGUAUGCUGGUGAUGUGCACGUGUGCGUGCAUCCGUCCUCGACAACGACUGCUCGCAUCGUGAUCGUGAAAGGUUUCAGACCGUGGUGGCGGUCCCUCGCUGUUCACGACGGUGAGUGAGGGGAGUGUGGAGGGCGACGGCUGGCGGCGACGGCGGCGGUGGUGGUGGUGGCGUGGGCGGCAUAAGGGGGGGAGGAGGCCUUUCGCCCCCUUCGCGAGCCAGACGCCGGUAAUGAGUGUUUACACCGCGAGCACGCCGACAGCGAGCAGCGCGAUAUCGCCGGCGACCGCGACAACAACGACCACGGCGACGACGACUACGGCGUCGUCCACGGCAGCAGCAGCGACAACGACCACGUCGGCGACGGCGGGGACGACGGGGACAACGACGACGACGACGACGACGACGACGGCAACGGCGACGACGACGGCGACGACGGCAACAACGACGACGACGGCGGCAGCUACGACUACGGCUACGUCGUCCACGACGACCGCCGUGUCGCCUGAAACAGCGACCGGCUGGAUCGAGUUCUGCGAGAGACACGCCCGCGCCUCGGCUUCCGACUUCGCCAAGGCGUUCUGCGCCUACGUGAGCCUGAACCUGCCCGAGAGCGCCCGCGCCAAUCUCUCGCACCGCGACUUCCUCAGGAAGUUCGUCGAGAGUUUCUGCGAACACUUCGAGAGCGAGUACCUGCGUCACAACGUGAGAUCACCAGCAUUGCACGAUGUCAAGAAUGUAGCGGCCAAUGAGAGAGAUAUAAAUCUUGCGAAUCAAAAUGCCACCAACACACCAGUCCGUGCAUCGUCGCACGAGGAAUUCAGCGAUUAUUCUGAGCACGAGGGAGAGGCAGUGUCACCGAAACCUGUUCACAAACCUUUCUUCCGCAGAUUGUCCUUCAAAGGACUCAAGAAGGGCAAGAGUUUCUUCCACAAGCAGCAGAGCGAUGAGGUCGAGCUGUCGCACAGCGAACACCGCAAGGAUAAACACUCGAAGGCCAAGCUAUCGAAAAUCGUGGUGGAGUGCAGGAAAGAGGGGAUCGUUAAUUCGCUGAUGGGCGAAAACAUAGACGGCACUCAAAAAUGGGAGAAGUCGCGACUAGCUUUGAUAAAGGCCAUCGGUGGGUAUAUGCUGGAAUUUUACUCGCCGCCGAAAGCGGUGAAGCCACGCAGCGGCGUCUUUUGCUCGGCGAUAACGGAGGCGAGGGAAACUACGGCACUCGAGAUGCCGGAUCACGAGAACACGUUCGUCUUGAAGACUCAGAAUAUGGAGUUCGUUAUAGAGGCGCAUGACUCGAACGAUAUGAGAUCGUGGCUGGCCACGAUCAAAUAUUGCAUACGAACGGUGCAGCAAACCUCCAGCGCCCCUGGUUCCGGGACGGGUGAGUCUAUAGGGGAUUCCCUGGGUCAUGGUUCUCUGAGUAUCGGACCCGACAGUGAUCGAUUACGAGCCAACUCGGCGAGCAAGACCUUCCGAUCGGCUAGUCAUGAGCAUGGCGACGACCAGCAGGGUAAUCCGCCGGAAUUACCUCCGAGACUCCGGAUGCGAAGUAGCAGUAAUCUAGAAUUAUGUUCCUCUCAACAAGAAAUCGAGCAAAUGCCCGCCAAUGAAGGUGAGCUGGACCUGUCGAGCAGCUUACGGGAGUAUCCAUGGUUCCACGGUACCCUUCCUCGCUCAGACGCCGCGCAGCUUGUGUUGCACAGUGCAGCUAACGGUCACGGAGUGUUCCUCGUACGACAAAGCGAAACGAGGAAAGGCGAAUUCGUGUUGACCUUCAAUUUCCAAGGAAGAGCAAAACACUUACGGAUGACGCUGAACGAUCAAGGCCACUGCCGAGUCCAACACUUGUGCUUUCCCGCGAUAUAUGACAUGCUCGAGCACUUUCGACAGAACGCGAUACCUCUCGAGUCCGGUGGCACUGCGGAUGUUACUUUAACGGAAUACGUGGUGGCGAACCAUGCGCCGCGACCGGUACCAAUGCACCACAACGUGGCGAGCGCGAGCGUGCAUCAGCCGCAAGAGAGGAGACCGGCGGCGCUCCCGGAGCCCAGAGAAGUACGCACGUACGGUGGUUCUAUAAGAACGCGCGUGGAAUCUUUGGAGCGACUAGAGCAACAGAGCAGCAUCGCGGAACAGCAGGGCUCAGCAUCGUCUACUGGCAGAGCGGUGCAAAACACUUAUAGUUUUCUCUGAUAUUGGAUUCGCACUCCGAUUCGCAAUCCACCGCCAGGCUACAACCUGGUCAGUCCGACGGACUGAACACGAAUAAAAGGCGCGAAAGGGAGAAAAACCUCGAGAGAUUUUUUUAAUUCCACAGUCGCGCGUUACGCUGUGUCGUGCAAAUGUAUUUUGACCAAUCGCAUCAUUUUAUUUAGUACAAAAGUUGUAUUCUUUUUUUUUCCUUUUUUCUUCGAAAAGUAAAAAGUAGGAACUCUUCCAAACUCUGUUGACUUCCGCGUAGGAACACUCAACAGUACACUUUUAUGAUUCGUCAGCAGCGUGUUUACAUUGCAUUUAUAUUAAACGAUAAACAAAUAGAGAAUAGACUGCCGAAUGAAACAAGUCUCAGUUAGCAAUAGUCACUUUGCAGUAUUGUGCAUAAAACCAUCCCUCCCAAUUGCCUCCUCCUCCGCUCUCUUUCCCUCUUGAUGAUGUUACUCACUUUCUACGAAGCUCUCUUUAGCACGUUCGCAUUACCUACGGUUUGUCACUUUUUAUCAUGGCUGAAUUGACGACCUUCGUCUUUGUCCUUAACUAGAAAGAGAGAGAGAGAGAGAGAGAGAGAGAGAGAGAGAGAGAGAGAGAGAGAGAGAGAGAGAGAGAGAGAGAGAACGGAGAGGUGUAUUUUAAUUUAAAAUCUGACAGGGUUUGAAUUUAUAACAACGAUAAGAAGAAAGAAAAAGCCGAUUAUACGUCGCUUAAUUAAUUUAUGGUGUAUGUACUUACAUAACGCGUACCACGCGUAAGAACACGCAUGCACGUGUAGGCGGGAAGCGGUGAUCCCUUCCAAAAUCGUGAACUGUUAAACUGCCACAUGUCGCAAUUCCCGAAUCGUGUCCUUGGAUCAACCCGAAGACUUGAAAUGCCACGCCAAAGCUAAAAAUUUAAUACUAGUGAACCUCGCUUCGUCAUCGUUACAAUCUAUUACGUGAAACUGCAUUUCUGCCACAUUGUCGCUAGUCCCGAUGCGCUUCAUAGGGCGUCGAGUGUAAUAGAAAUGCCCUGUAACCAUCAGUAAGUGUAAAACAUGCCGCCGAUACUCGUAUUAAAUUAUCCCCGAUGCUCGUCGAUGUAAAUCUCCGAUUUAUUGGGCAAAUAAAAUGUGAAGGGAAAGAGAAGAAGAGCGACAAGUGGAAAGAGAGAAAAAGAAGGAUGUAAUUAUGUUAUAAGUCUGCAAUUAAAUGCAUUGUCAUAAA